CGCGUUUUAUCGUGUAGGAAAUUCCUGACAGGACAUAUAUCGAUCUCGCGUCGUGUUUAAUCGCAAUAUUAAUAGGCGCCCAUGCACAAGAGCCAUGAACUGACUUGCCAGCACCUGUGUACUUCUUCUACAGCAGCUUAGUAAUAAAUAAGAACAGACAAUAAAAAAAGAAACCCAAGGGGAAUAUGUGCAAAAGGCGGAAAUGUCGAAUCAUCAAACAAUACUCGGAGCAAGAUAACACUACGAGGCGUGGACGAGUAGGUGGGGAAGACACAAGACAGACACGAUGUGAGGAAUAAAUACUGCCCUGAAAUCGAGCGGAAUUCAGUUGCAUGCUUAGUGUACUAACGACGUUGACUCUAGUCUGAUCAUUGUGGGAGGUCCUUGUUCACGCGCGGAUCUUUAUUGUUUGACACCACCUUACCAAUUGAUUAAUUAGUAGCACCUCGACACCAAGACUCUCGAUCGUCAGUUUGUUAUUUGCCAUCGGAGCCCACAUAGACCUACUGCGAAAAUCGAGCAAGUUAUGAUGCUACUGAGUCAAUAUUUACUCAUCUCUACUUUCGCGACCAUCGCGACCGCCAAUUUUUUCGGUUACCUCGUGUUUCUACCCAGUCUAGGCGCAACGACCCCCGAGGCAGGCAACCCGCAACAAUUUGACGUUUACUGGAACGUGCCCAGCUUUCUAUGCCAUAAAUACGGCGUAAAAUUCGAGGAUCUCAAGAAUUUCGGAAUUCGUCAAAAUGCGAAUGACAAAUUUCGCGGUGAAGAAAUCGCGAUUCUUUAUGAUCCUGGAAUGUUUCCGGCGCUGCUGACUGAUAAAAAUGGAAUUGUAAAGAAAAGAAACGGCGGCGUUCCACAAGAGGGUGAUUUGAACAAACAUCUUGAGAUAUUCCGGAAGCAUUUGAUCCAGCAAAUCCCUGAUGAGUCAUUCAACGGCGUCGGUGUGAUAGACUUUGAGAGCUGGCGACCGAUCUUUCGGCAAAAUUGGGCCUCCCUCGAACCGUACAAGUCCCUGUCUAUAAAAUUGGAACGUGAAAAGCAUCCCAUUUGGAGUGACGCGGCCAUCAAGAAGGAAGCGAAGCGUCGCUUCGAGAAGUACGGUAGGAUAUUUAUGGAAGAAACCCUAAAGACAGCGAAGAAGCUUCGACCUAACGCCACCUUGGGUUACUAUGGUUAUCCGCAUUGCUUCAAUCAUACUCCUGGCCAACGUGAUGCACAUUGCAAUCGUCAGACAAUGGUGGAAAACGACGAAAUAUCUUGGCUCUUCACACUCGAGGACGUGCACAUGCCUUCCUUGUACUUAAGGCAGGAGAUCAAGAAGGUAGACCGGGUGGGCUUCGUGAAAGGCAGAGUGUCGGAGGCAUUGCGAAUAGCGGAGAAGAAUUCUCGCAAACAACGAGUUCUUCCCUAUCACUGGUUUAAGUAUCAAGAUCACAGAGAUAACUUUCUUACUAAAGAAGAUACAAAGAACACAAUCAACAUAAUCGCCAAUCUCGGUGCUGACGGCAUAAUUAUUUGGGGCAGUUCCGAAGAUACAAACUCGGAGGAGAAGUGCAAGGAUCUACAGCAAUACGUGAAAGACGUUUUAGGACCGGCGAUAAAACGAAUCAAGCAACAAUAGCACAUUUGUUGAUAGAAACGAUGAUUCCGCAUGUUUAACUAAUAGUACAAAUAAUUUUUAUUUAAUUGUUAAUUCAUCUUUUAACUUCUUAGUUCCUAGUAACAUUUGAUAUAUUUAUGUUUUUUCAACAUUUUUAUGUAGAUAUGAUUUAUAGAUUUCAACAAAUGUAGGCAAAAUUCCAAUCUCCUAAAAAAAAACUACAAAUUUUGAAGAGCCGUAGAUAGAUAUCAGGAACCAGGCUAAGAUUGAGAGAAAGAGAGAGAGAGAGAGAGAGAGAAACUAUGAGAAUAAGAGAGAGAGAAGCACAUCGAGCCGCCAGUCUUCAGCUGCUUCAGGUUCCAAAUUUUUACGGACCGGCGACAGCCCUUAGUGAUCUCGUUAACAUCGACGGAGGCGCGUGACGUGGCGUCCGGCUCAUCAUCCCCGAAUCCUCCUCUUUGUCACCUUUGCAUCGUCUUGAAACAAACGAUUGUAGUAAUCCGGUCUUAUGACUACGGCGAGGACGAUGAGCGCGCAAUACGACAUGUUUUACUGGUUCGCGAUGUAACGCCUCGGGCGAUGUGCUUUUUUACAAUACGCGCGACGCGUUUUCUGUAGAGAAGAGAUAGUAGUCAACAGAUCUCUCUUGCUCACACACAGUUGAUCUCUCUCCCCCUUCUCGCAUUUGCUGUUGCCCCCGUCCUUUCUCUCGGCUCUGUCGCACCUGCGGAGAAUGUCGAUC